CUAAUAUUGACGUCUAUGGGUCCUCGUAUGAGGGUGUGUUUACAUUGACGUCACAAUAAAUUGCUGAUAGGAUAAAAUUCUGUAAAACCGCCAACAUGUUCCAUGGGAUACCAGUGACGGGCGGUGUAGGAGGAGCUCCAGUGAAUAAGCCUGAGCUGUAUGAGGAAGUGAAACUAUACAAAAAUGCAAGAGAACGAGAAAAGUAUGACAACAUGGCAGAGUUGUUUGCUGUCGUCAAGACCCUUCAGGCUCUGGAGAAAGCUUACAUCAAAGACUGUGUGACACCUAAUGAAUACACUGCUUCCUGUUCCAGACUUCUGGUUCAGUAUAAGGCAGCUUUCAAACAGGUGCAGGGCUCAGAUGUCGGCUCCAUUGAUGAUUUCUGCAGGAAGUACAGACUUGACUGCCCACUGGCGAUGGAAAGGAUCAAAGAGGAUCGACCAAUCACCAUCAAGGAUGACAAGGGCAACCUGAACCGUUGCAUUGCAGACAUAGUCUCUCUUUUUAUCACCGUGAUGGACAAGUUGAGACUGGAGAUCCGCGCCAUGGAUGAGAUUCAACCAGACCUGAGGGAGCUGAUGGAAACCAUGAACAGAAUGAGCAACAUGCCUCCCGACUCAGAGGCAAAGGAUAAAGUGAACCUCUGGUUGACCACCCUCAGCAGCAUGUCAGCCUCUGAUGAGCUGGAUGAUAACCAGGUGCGCCAAAUGCUGUUUGACCUUGAGUCGGCCUACAACGCCUUCAACCGCUUCCUCCACUCCUCCUAAAACAAUUGUUCUUAGAACUUGAAUUUGUCCUCGCAGAUGUGAAUUUGUGUGUGGAAACAUUUCCCUUUGACAAAUCUCCCACCUCCUUUAUUAUCAUUCUCUCAAUAUUUACUCAUCCCAUGAUUGUGUUGUGGUAAACUGAACUCCGGCCUCUUACGUAACUAUUUGUCUGUCAUAGUGCAGGCUCAUUAUGCUGGGUAUUACCUCAGUCCCUUAAUCAAGAGUUAGAUUGUCUAUUGGCCCCUUUUCUUGCCAGACUUGUGUGAUCAAUCCUAUUCAUAUUGCCCUUAAAACAGUUUACUUCUACCUUUGUACUGUGAUUGAAUAAAGGUCUAAUUUUGUACUUCAGUUUUACAGAAUGUCACUUGAGGAUCUUAUUGUCAUUGGUAAAUUCCGCACAUGAGGACAAGGUUUAACAACUGAAGCCUUUGUAUAGCUCUUUUUUUUAUCUCUUAUGGUUCUUUGGUUUGUUUUCUUUCACGUAAGCAUUUAUUGUCUGAUCAUUACAGUAGCAAAAGCAGCUUCUCCUUAAUCAGUAAGUGUGCUGUAAUAUCAAAGUGUUUGGGCUCAGAGUUGGUUGAUUUACACUUCUUCAAAGCAAGGUGAUGGUUUAUGAUUUGUUUCUCAGUAUAUUUGUUUAAGUCUCUUUCACCCUGUCUCUUGUUAUAACACUCUAAUCUGUAUUUUUCUAUUUAGAGGAUAGGGUUUGGCCACAUUAAGUGGGAAAAAGCGAGGUGGACACAGAUGUGUGUUUUUUUGCUUGCUAAUUUUGUUUCAACCCUCAAACACCAAUAGGGAAAACAUAUUUAUUGAACUUUAUUGCUGUAAAUAAUAGUUUUGAUUUUUAAAUGAAAGCAUGUAACACCUUUUUAGGAAUAAAGUUUAAAAAUUCUACCUCCAA